CCCCAUGCCCAUCAUGCCAUCUCAAUCUUUGAAAAUAGCUACAAUCUCUUUGUUUUUAGCCCAGGUCGUAGCAUCGGUCUUCUAUCGAUUGGUUUUUCAUCCUCUCCGAAGAUUCCCUGGACCAUGGCUCGCCGCCAUCACCAAGUACUACAGGGGAUAUUAUGAGGUGUUCUGUGACGGAGGGUGGCUGGAUCAGCUCGAAGUGUUGCACGAGAAGUACGGACCCGUCGUCAGAGUCACUCCAAACGAGCUUCAUUUUAGCGAUCCCAAUGCUUACAACGAUAUAUACGUGACAUCGAGAGUACCUAAAGACCCCAGCUGGUAUACUCAUACUGCACCAGUCUCAGGUUCAGUAAUGAGCGAAGUCGAUCCGAAAGAGGCUACAAGAAGGCGGUUGAAACUUGGUUCAUACUUUUCCCGGAAAGCCGUCCUACGGCUCGAGGAACUGGUUCAAGCGAAGGUGAAUAAGCUCAUCAAGCGAUUGUUAUCAUACCAAAAACCAACGAACUUACACUACGGGUACCGAGCUGCGACUCUCGACAUCAUCUCCUCAUACGUAUUCGCUCAGGAAAUGAACGCGCUCGACUCUCCAGACUUCAAGCACCCGUUUCUGACUGCUGUGGACGACCUCUUCAGUACCGUGUGGUUAGUCAAGUAUCUUCCCUUUCACCUCGAUAGACUUCCCGAAUGGAUCUCCCGGAGGAUAGCCCCGGCAAGUAUACCACUGCUAGACGAACGGCAAUAUAUUGCAAAUAAAAUUGAUCGAGUGCGGACGACCGAUCACGACGAUCCUCCGGAAGAGAAAAUGGGGGUAUUCGAUCUCUAUCUUAGAGAUUCUUCCGCAGGAGUCCCGAGAUGGAAGCUUUUAGACGACGGAACUGCUUUUCAGAUGGCGGCGACGGACACGACGGCGAAUGCCUGUGUGACGGGGACGUACCAUCUCUUGACGAAGCCGGAUACCUUGGUGAAGCUGAGGAAAGAGCUUGAUGAGGCUUGGAAGGACACUGAGGAGGUUAUGAAAUACGAACAACUUAGGCAACUGCCGUAUCUGGGAGGUGUUAUCAGAGAAUGUCUCCGACUAUCCUGCGGCGUAACCUUGGCUACGCCCCGUCGGGUUGGAAAGAAGGAAGUGAAUAUUGUAGGCUUCACGGUACCUCCAGGCACCAUCAUCGGUUGUGCUUCGUACAUCGUACACUCAAACCCAUCUCUAUUUCCGGACCCCGAAGAUUUUAUUCCUGAACGUUGGUUAGGCGAUGACUCACGCAAGCUGGAGCAGUAUCUCGUCGCAUUCUCAAAGGGUCCACGGACAUGUCUGGGGAUCAACUUAGCUUGGUGCGAGAUGUACCUUAUUCUCGCUAACGUUUUUCGGAAGUUGGACCUGGAAAUCUUUGAGUCGACACCGGAUAGUGUGAGGUUCAGAGACUAUAUCGUGCCUUUAUUUCACGAGCACCCGUAUGUGAGGGUGAAAGGCCGAAGGUUGUGAGGAUGAUCGCUAGUCUGUGGCUCUGUGCAUGUACGAUACGGAUGAAUCUAUUAGUGCAGUGUAGUGAACGCAAC